CUCCCUCCCUCCCUCCCUCCCUCCCGGCAGCCCCAGCCCCAGCGAGCACGCAGCUAGCCGCCUCCAGUAGGGACUCCAGAGAGCAGUUCGGCGGCCUGGGCAGGGCAGCCGAAGCUAUGGAAGCCUCUGCAGGUUGCUGAUCUGGGCCAGGCAGCUGCAGCAGCGACUGCAGAGGCGCUGCGCCAAGCCGGGCCGGAGUGGUGAGAGCCGGCGGGACUGCGGAGGGCGAGUGGACUCAGCCCCACUUACAGAUGAGGAAGCUAAGGCUCAGAGAAGUGGUGUGACUCGCCCACUGCCUGCAGCUGGAGGGUGACAGAGCUGGGAUUUGAGCCCAGAUAUCUUUGACUAUUUCUGACUCCUUCCAUCUCCUGUUCCCUGGAUCCUGCUAUAUCUCCUGAACCCCCACUGUUCGGUGUGUGAGGCACUAAUCAAAGGGGUAGAUGCAGCAGGGUUGCCAUGGUGUGGGCAGGAUGGGGAAAUGGGGCUGGGCUUAACCUGGGGUGGAGGUGAUAAGCAACUGUCAGCCCAGCUCCCCACGGCUAGGGGUUUCCUUUCCACCUUCCAUUCCAAGCGGCUACCUGGGGACAGGCCUGCGGGACUCCAGGCCGAACAGGUGGCAUGGAGACAAACGCCAUGGCAAUCUGCCUCCUCUCUGGGGCCCAGAGGGGAGGGAGGACCUGAGAGAGCCCAGGGUGCUCACUGACACUUCUGGGUUAGAUCCUGGGGAGACAACUCCCUUUGGGCCUGGGUGUCUUCUGCCCUCCCAGAGGGACCCCAGCCUGCAAGGUCCCGUCCCAGCAGGGGAAAUGCCACUUCCACCUCUGUCCCAGAUGAAUGGCUGGCUUUGGCCUCCCAGGAGACUGUCUGCUCCAACCAGGUACAAAUGCCAUCCCCUUCCCACCCCCACCCCCCUGGCCAGAGAGGAAGGAAGAGGGAGCGAGAGAGGAGGGAGGCGUGGGGUUGCCAAGCAAGGUAGGAGCAGGGACAGCGACAACAAAGCCCUCAUUGUACCAAGGCCACACGCAGCUCCAAGGCAAAGCAGGCAUCGUUCCCGCCUCCCAGGACCUGGGCCCAGAGCUCCACCCGGACUUUCUGAGCUCCUUAGCAAUGCUCACCAGAGCUGGCUUGGAAGAGCGACGCCCUGCCUCAGCUCUGAGUCCUGCCUCUGCUGAGAAGUCCUCCUGAAAUCACAGCAUCUUUCCAAAAGCCAGAAGUGGUGAUGGGAGGAUGGCCAGUGAAGCCAGCCUGGCUGGGGCUAGAAGCCAGGGUCUGUUGGACAUGCAGCUGUGUGACCUUGGACCCAAAUGUGAUAAAAAAUCCUGCCUUGAAGGAUUUUUAUUUGAAGUAAUGAACCAAGGCACAUAAAAGCACUCAGCACGGUCACCGGGCCGCAGAAGUGUUCAAUCAGUGACAGAUGAUCCUUGAAGCCCUCGUCCACCCACGAGCAAGGACUAUCAGCCCCUCCCAAGCUGCUCCUAGUUGAGGCCCUCCUGUGCCCAGGAGGUGGUGAGCCAUUGGUGGCCUUCCUGGCAAGUGUGGAGUAGCACUGUUGUCCCCUCAGCCCGUCUCACUGUUCCUCCUCCGGAAGCCGGCCCUGCAGUUCCAGGAGGCCCCGCCUGGGCAGUUGGGGCAUGGUGGGUGGGAUGCAUCCCCAAGCUGGGGCGAGCAGCUCAGGUGACAGGUGGGGUGUCGGCGGCUCCUGUGCCUGGCACCUGACACCUCUAGGCAGACAAUGCUGGCAAUGUCCGAGCCCUCCAGGGAACACGCCACGUCUGUGUCACAGCCAGGAAACAGGCCACCUGAGUAGCGCCGUUGUCCACUCAGGACGCAGCCCCGCCGCUGGCCGGGAUGACCGGGAUCCCCAGAGGCCCUGACGUGGGAAGGGGUGGUGCCCUGGGCAGGGGCUCUGGGGUUUGAGACCCAGCCCCUCAGCAUCUGGUGUUGGCCUGGUUCAGUGUUGGCCCUGCCACACUGGGGCUGGGACUUGGGCAGUCCGUUCCCUCUCGGGUUCCUCAUCUGUAAAGGGACUAAUCACAGCACUUCCUCAUAGGGUUGUUGGGAGGAGUCGAUGGCAUAAUACGGGAAGCCCCGAGCCACGCACCAGCAGGCACUGUGAGAAGGUGACAUCGAGACUAGCGCAGCCUAAUCUGGGGUUCCUGGUCCUGCUCCAGGAGGCCUCCAGUCUGCAGCCCCCGCCGAGGGAGGAUUGACCAGCGUGGGGCCCCGGGGACACCGCCCAUCCCACCCCUCACCCGGACCCACAGCCUCAUGGCCAUGUCCCUGCCAGGCAGUAGACGGGCCUCUGCUGGAUCCCGCAGUGGGGGCCCUUUGGGCCGCAGCGGCCUGGCGGUGUUCGUCCAGUGUCCGCAGCUGCCCACCAGCCAGAACGAGCACCUGCCUCUUCUUCCUGCCUCCAGGCGCACCUCUCCCCCCGUGAGCGUGCGGGAUGCCCACGGCACCUCUUCCCUCAGCAGCAGCAGUAACUCGGGCUCCUGCAAGGGAAGUGACAGCAGCCCCACGCCCAGGCGCGCCAUGAAGUACACGCUGUGCAGUGACAACCAUGGCAUCAAGCCUCCCACCCCAGAGCAGUACCUGACCCCCCUGCAGCAGAAGGAGGUGUGCAUCCGGCAUCUGAAGGCCCGGCUGAAGGACACACAGGACCGGCUCCAGGACCGGGACACGGAGAUCGAUGACCUGAAGAUGCAGCUGUCGCGCAUGCAGGAGGACUGGAUCGAGGAGGAGUGCCACCGCGUGGAGGCCCAGCUGGCCCUGAAGGAGGCCCGCAAGGAGAUCAAGCAGCUCAAGCAGGUCAUCGACACCGUCAAGAACAACCUGAUUGACAAGGACAAGGGGCUGCAGAAGUACUUCGUGGACAUCAACAUCCAGAACAAGAAGCUGGAGACGCUGCUGCACAGCAUGGAGGUGGCCCAGAACGGCUUCGCCAAGGAGGACGGCGCCGCCGAGUCGGCCGGCGGGUCCCCUGCCCGCUCCCUUACCCGUAGCUCCACCUACACAAAGCUGAGCGACCCCGCUGUCUGCGGCGACCGCCUGCCGGGUGACCACCCAGGCGCCUCUGUGGAGGACGGGGCUGACAGUGGCUUCGCGGCGACCGACGACACUCUGAGCCGGACGGAUGCACUGGAGGCCAGCAGCCUGCUAUCUUCGGGGGUGGACUGCGGCCCCGAGGAGGGCUCCUCGCUGCACGGCUCCUUCAGCCUGGGCCCCCGCUUCCCCGCCAGCAACACCUACGAGAAGCUGCUGUGCGGCACGGAGGCCGGCGUGCAGGCCAGCUGCAUGCAGGAGCGUGCCAUCCAGACGGACUUCGUGCAGUACCAGCCGGACCUGGACACCAUCCUGGAGAAAGUGACCAAGGCCCAGGUCUCCGGGACAGUCCCCAAGUCAGGGGACAGGUGCCCGGAGUUGGAUCCCCACCCCCUGGGGCCCAGAGACCCCAACUCUGCAGUGGUGGUGACGGUGGGUGACGAGCUCGAGGCCCCGGAGCCCAUCACGCGGGGGCCCACCCCACACCACCCUGGUGCCAACCCCAACCCCAGCCCGUCGGUGGGCGUGGCGUGCCCCGUGGAAGAGGAGGAGGAGGCGGCCGCAGCCGAGAAGGAGCCCAGGAGCUACUGGAGCCGCCACUAUAUCGUGGAUCUUCUGGCGGUGGUGGUGCCAGCCGUGCCCACGGUGGCCUGGCUCUGCCGCUCCCAGCGGCGCCAGGGCCAGCCCAUUUACAACAUCAGCUCCCUGCUGCGGGGCUGCUGCACCGUGGCCUUGCACUCCAUCCGCAGGAUCAGCUGUCGCUCGCUGAGCCAGCAGGGCCCAAGCGCCAGCACUGCUGCAGGCGGCAGCUCGCAGCUCUGAGGCCCCAUCCCGGCCCGGGCUCCGGAGGCCUGACUGCCGAUUGUAGGGGUGCCGUCCUCCCUCUCGCACCUUCCCGUGGGGCAUCAUCUUAUUUAUUUAGUUUUGGGUUUGGAGGUGGUGUUUUCAGAAUGGUAACAGUGUCAGGGGCUGGGAGCGGGGGGUGGGGGAAGGUGUCCCAAAACUGCAACAGGAGAGAAGGGAAGAGAGACCGAGGGCAGGGAAGCACAGGGAUGGGACACACUGCAGAGAAAGAAGGUGGUGAGGCCCCCAACCUGGCCCCCCUGCCCACCUGGCCUCUCACACAGGGCAGCCCCUGCUCAGGAAGUCUCUGGUGUGCUGAUCUGGGGAGGCCGGGCUUAACUUGUGUGCCAAGCCUCCCCGUCCCCCACCCCCAUGUCCUGUCCAGUUCCCUGCCCACCCCAAGCCUUCUCUCCCAAGCCACCCCUUGCCCUCAGCCCAGGCUUCUGGGCCGGUAUUACCUCCUCAGACGGAGGCAGCUGCGACCCAAAGUACAGGCAACUGGCCGGGACUCCGAGCGGGUCUGGAACCACUUGGCCUGGGCUGAGCUCCAUCCCCUUCCGGCUGCUCCCCGCUUUGGGAGCACGGUCAAGGCCAAGGGCUGGAGGAAAGAUGGUGAUGGGCAGAGGGCGGUGUGGGUUCUGUGUCUGUCUGUUCGUCCCAGAGCUUCCCCACAUCUGUUUUCCUCCUGGCGCUUCUGAGUGUGUCAGAUAAUUUUGUGAGAGCCAGACAGGCGAGUGCCGGGGUGUGAAUGCUAGCCUGAGCCCAGCUUCUGUCUGGAGACGCUGCCAGCAGGAAAGGAGGAGGCGGGGGCUGGCAGCUUAAGGGGGCACCUCCAGCCUUCUGAGACAGGGCCCUGCAGCCUGGGAGGCAGGGCUGGACUCGGCAACCGCCAGCUGACUGCUCCAGGUCUGACUGCCCUGGAGCGCGCCCUAGUUUAUCCGGGGACCUUGGGACCAACUUCUGCUUUGCACUGUGUUCACUUUGGGGCUUGCUUCUCACGCAUCCCAGGGUCUCCUGUGAGGUGGCUGCUUGCUUUCUAGGAUGAGGAUUCCUAAAUCUUACACCUUUCUGCCUCUGAAGGGAAUUCCAGCGGGAUGAAUGGCAAGAUGAGGUUUUGAAGCCAUGAUGUCUGUCCAGGCCUAAGCAGGGUGUCCUGGGAUGUUUCCCAGGUAGGGGGUGGAGUGGGGCUCCCAGCCCAAGCCCAGUCAGCCUGGGAAGGCCCCCCUCCUUCCCCGGGACCACAUCUAGGUCCCUCUGCAAAGCUGCUGACAUGUUAUUUGCAUUAUUAUUUUACAGAGUAAACCCAUUCCUCUUCCUCUGCAGGGCUUAUACCUAUCUCGUCAUCCCACCCACUCUUCAGAGUUAGGCCCUACAUUGCGGCGGGGGGAGGGUGUUGGUGGGACCCUGUAUCUCACUCACCCCUCUGGCCUAGGGGCCACUCUGGUUCUGCCAAGGUUGCUUGCCCACCCCCGCUGCUCCGACAGCUGUUGCCUGACGCAUGGGCUCUGCCCUUCCUCUCUGUGCCGCCUACUUGAGGGGGGAUGCCUGCAUGCACUGGGGGUGGGCAGCCGGCCCAGCCAUCGUGGGGAGAGCCCCUCUGCCACGCGCUUUGUGCCUCCAAAGCUCCCCUUCCUCGCUCUGGGCCUCAGACCUGCCAUCCUUUGUGGAGCACCCCUCCACCCCAGUCGAACCAAACCCAAACUCUGGGGGCCGGGCUGGGCUGGCCCACGGGACCUGGGGGUCGUGACGUGGAGCGGCAGUGGACAAACCCAAAGCCAAGCCAGGACUGGCUGCGGACCCCGCCUCCCGUGCCGCGUCCUCACGGAGCUGCGUGGUGUCUCCUUAUAAAUAGUCAACAGCUUUGCCGAGAAAAUAAAUGUAUGACUAUUAUAUUUGACAACAUAAAAUCUAUAUAUUUUUCACCACUGGAAUCUAGUCGAGCUGCGUAGCCGCUCUGCUCCGGUCUGCGUCUUGCUGUCUGUGGCCUUCCUACUGUGUCUUGUGUUUUGAUGGACGUGGUCAGGGCCGGGGCUGUGGUCCGUUCUGUCCCUGAUGCUGGAGGAGCCGCUCGUGAAGCGCGUGGACCGAGGACUAUGGACAAGGUGAGCGGAGCUGGCACCGCCCUCUGCUCCUGCUGUGGCUCAAGACCUGCCUGUCUGGUCAGAGGGCCUCCAGCCCACAGUGUUGGGGGUGCCUCUCUUUUGGGGGGGUCUGGUGGGACCUUGACGGGCUUUGCCUCUUGUCGGUGGAGGAGGCAGCUCUCUGGCCCAGGCCUGGGACAGACGCUGGGACCGUGUCGGCCAGGCCCCGGCUUGUGCGUGUGUGCGUGUGUGUGCUCGGUAUCCUGCAUCUAUGCAAAAGGGGCAGCGCUGCCUGGGCAGCUCCCAGGGGCGGAGGCAGAGGCGCAGCGGCCCACGGGCCCAGGCUCCAAGCCCUGACUGCAGGACACAGGAUGUGGGACCAGGAAGCGAGGCCAGGGCCCGGGGGCCUCCCGCUAAGUACUCAUCCUCCAAGGCUCCCCUUUUCCUUCCUGCUUAAUACCACCUCCUGCUGGGCUGUGACCUUUCCCUCCCGCCCUCCGCUUCUGCAGCAGAGAUCUUUGGGGUCUCCCCUGUCCCCAGCCUCUGGCCAGAGCUGAUUAGAUCCUAAGGGACCAUGUUCUCAGGAACCACCUUCUGGAACUGCUGGUCCCUUGGGGUCCCACCUCCAGAAGGGGCUUCUCCAAGCUAUAGGGUCCAGGCCAGAGCUGCCUUGCUGCUCCUCUCGUCCAGGCUCAAAGCAGAAAUCAGUCUGGGGCCGGGACUCUGCUCAGAGAGCUGGCCUCAAAUGGAGUUUAUCCCAAAUAUCUCCCAAGGGGAUAACUUAGCUUUUCACUGAACACCCUUCCCAGUCGCCACUACCGCAGGGGUAUCUGGCAGCACCUUGGGGGGUGGGCUGGGGGCAGAUGACAAGGUUCUGGGGUAAAGGCCUACAGAGGGGCCUCUGCCCAGGGAAAUCAUUACCCCCCUGACCUAGGAAUCAGUGCACACAAGUCACAGUGCACUGCUGCAUUCAGCCAUGCCCUUGACAGAGAGUUCAGGGGAUACAGGAAGGGGGGAGGUGGGGAGGGGGCUUCACUUUUGUCUUCUUUGU